AUGCGCAAGCAGGCCGUGGGGCUUGUCGCGGAGAUCGUCGAUCACUUCGCCAACGACGCCAACGUCUCGCUGACAACACUGGGCUAUAACAGCGCUUUCGACCUGCUGCCGCGCCACCUCGCCACCAAGUGCCGCACCAUGCUCGACCUCGGAGUACGUUUUGACGGAGCGACCGGCGAUGAGGACAGCGCCGACAAGCCCGACAUCGCUGAGGAGGGCGGCGAAGACAUGGCUGACACCUCUGAGAGUGGCUCCGACAUCACUGACGAGGAGUAA